AUGGUGCCUAUUAAGUUAGUGGUCGGAGAGUGCACCCUAAAUAUCGUUAGCGCUUACACGCCGCAAGCGAGCUUGGAUGAGGAGGUUAAAAGGCGCUUCUGGGAGGGGUUCGAUGAGAUUGUGCGUAGUAUUUCGCUUGCUAAGAGGUUAUUUAUAGGAGCGAAUUUCACUGGACAUAUAAGGUCGACUGUUGGUGGCUAUGGCGAGGUACAUGGAGGCUUCAUUUUUGGGGAUAGGAACGGAGGAGGAACUUCGCUAUUGGAUUUCGCUAAGGUAUUUGAACUGGUGAUUACGAACUCUAAUUUUCCGAAGAGGGAAGAGCAUAUGGUUACUUUCCAAAGUACGGUGGCAAAGACUCAGAUUGAUUAUCUCCUCCUCAGGAGGUGCGAUAGAGGAUUGUGCAAGGAUUGCAAGGUUAUCUCGGGCGAGACACUCCCAACGCAACAUAGGCUCUUGGUGAAGGACGCUGGUAUCAUGAUAAGGAGGAAGAAGAGGUCUGUUCGAGGACGACCGAGGAUCAGGUGA